AUGUCGCCUCAACGCCCCAACUUCAUCGACCUUCGGGCGCCAUCCAGUGAGGCGCCUCCCGAAUUGUCGCCUCUCGAUGCCUUCGCCCUCCAGAGUCGCCUUUUGGCGAGGCAGCUCCAAGCUGCGGCCAACGGCGACGGACGACGAAUGAGCCGACUCCCGCCUUUGACGACCGAGAGCCCUCUGGUUGUCCAAGGCCGAUCUGACUACUUCCGCUCCAUGUCCAACGACUCUGGCUCCGAUGAAGUGGCGCUUCCCGAGCUUCAGAACCCUGGGUUUGGCAUGAGAACCGAGAUGGAGGACGCUUUCCCCUCAGAGAAGGACCGCCCGAGAUCAGUGCAUCCACGAAUGAGCCGAAUCCCGCCUACUCCCGACGAGAACGUCCCCCUUCCUCCCCAGCCUCAGCUUGACACGAUCCGUGGACGUCCUAUGGAAUCUGUAGGAGAGGACCACGAUGAGACAACCUUCGGCGCCAGGAGAGAACAGUCACCAGCGCCUAUGGAGCAUCCGAUCAGCGACUCCCUCCUUCAUGCCUCACCACCAGCAGUACCUAUGCGUUCUCCAGCACGCUCCCGCGAUAACUCACUUGGGACAUCUCCUGAGAAGUCAAAGGCUCAUUCUUUCGAUGGUCCCGGUUUGGCCCCCCCAAGACCCAACUUCAUUGCACGAUCAGCCAGCUCCAUGUCCUCGCCUCUCGACAACGCUACCGACGACACCUCAAUGAGCAACUCCAUUCAGUCUCUUCCUCCACGCAAGCUGUCGAGUGGCAGCGCUUUCGCAUCGGCCGCGUCCCCGAACCUUAACCCUGGACCUUUCCAACGUUCCCCAUCCGUCAGCUCGGAAGCUUCUAUGCCACUGCCGCGACCUUCUUUCAACUUCUCAAGGCCGAUGAGUCGCGCAGGCACUCCUGGACUGGAAACACCAACGCGCCAAGCCUCAUCAGACAGCCAGCCAUCCUUUGUAUUUGCAAAUGACGAUUCAGCCAACACUCCUGUCAGCAUGAACAGUGAAGGUUUCCCGGAUCCCAUGCAUGACGACGGAAAGGCGGCCCCCUCAUACAUCUAUUCUAAGUAUUCACUUCCUAGAGGCAAGAUGAUUCAACGGUCGGUUCCUCUCGAUCCUCACCCACAGGCCUCUUUCCAGUGGGAACAGCCCAUGACUCAGCCCAGCAACGUCUCGACGAUCGCUCAUGGAGCGCCUCCCUCACCUCCGACACGGCCGUCCAGCUCUGCUGAGGCAGGUGCUCCUGGCGAUCUCAACUUGACGAAGAAUGGCAUGAACCGUGGUGGUCCUGCGCCGCAGCCGUCCCCCAACCCGAGUCGCCCAUCUACCGAGAGCCGACCAUCAGAAGAUGACCCGAGAGGCCGCGCUCUCACAUCUCCUGUCCACGAUGCUGCCCGUGGUCAGACUGCCAUGUCUAUGGCAACCACCGAUUCCAGCAGUACUAUUAAGGGCGCUCGAUCUCUGGCUUCGGGUGCACCUACCACUUCGGAAAUGACAGCCGAAGAGCACCUAGCCAAGGGUAUCGAGUGCCACGAGAAUGGCUCCGUCAAGGAGUCUACUUAUCAUCUUCGCCAUGCUGCCAAGGGCGGAAACGCUACUGGCAUGCUUCUAUAUGCGCUGGCUUGCCGCCACGGCUGGGGCAUGCGGCCCAACCAGCGUGAGGGUGUUGAGUGGUUGAGAAAGGCAGCUGAGGGUGCCAGUGUUGAAAUUGCUGAUGACGAAGACCACGUCAAGGAGGGCAAGUUUGUGGAUGCCACAGAGAGGAGGACGCGUAAGGCACAAUUCGCACUCAGCAUCUAUGAGCUCGGUGUGAGCCACAUGAAUGGAUGGGGUAUUGAGCAGGAUAAGGCUCUUGCCCUGCGUUGCUUUGAGAUCGCUGGAUCUUGGGGUGAUGUUGAUGCAUUGGCUGAGGCAGGAUUCUGCUACGCCCAAGGCAUCGGAUGCAAGAAGAACCUUAAGAAGGCCGCUGGUUUCUACAGACAAGCUGAAGCCAAGGGAAUGAACAUGGUCGGCAACAGCUGGAUCCACAAGUCAAAGUACAAUGACGAUGACAGCAACGGAAAGAAGUCCCGCAGCAAGUCCAGGACGCGCACCAUGUUUGGCAUCAAGACUGGCUAG